UUCAAGGGGCGGGGUCAGUAAGCAGGGGGGCGGAAAUGUCCAACUAACUUGUGAUUAGCCUUUUUUUGUGAUUCUGUUUCUGUCUUGGAGCCUGAAAUAACAACAUUUGUGCCGUUGUUAUGUGCUGUUAACAUCUAGGUAGAUUUUAUUUGAGACUUCAUGCGGAUACAUCGCGAUUUGAUGAGACAGUUCAAAGAAAUACAGUGAGUCAGCCGCUCCGAGUUAGCUUGCCAUGCUAGCUCGACAACAUUCCUGCUCGGAUUGUUUAUUUUACAUGUAACUAAAGCUUCUAAGUUAAUUAAUACAUCAGUGGUUUAACAGGAAACAGGCAAGGCAAAGGACAGGAUGUCUAUCCAGUUUGAGGAGCCUACAUUGACGGGGAGUUACGGUGUUGUGGGGUCCUUUCCCAAAAGUUUUGGUUAUGGGGUGGGGGAGCCAGAUAUGGAGGAGAGCUCCACAUCAGCUGACAAACCCAGAAUACUGCUGAUGGGACUGAGAAGGAGCGGCAAGUCCUCCAUCCAGAAGGUUGUGUUUCAUAAGAUGUCGCCCAACGAGACUCUGUUCCUUGAAAGCACCAACAAAAUCUACAAGGACGACAUCUCCAGCAGCUCCUUUGUCAACUUCCAGAUCUGGGACUUUCCUGGCCAAGUGGACUUCUUUGACCCAACCUUUGACAGUGAGAUGAUUUUCAAGGGAACUGGUGCCUUGAUCUUUGUUAUUGACGCUCAGGAUGAUUACGUCGAAGCCCUAGGGCGAUUACACCUCACUGUGUCUCGAGCCUACAGAGUGAACCCAGACAUCAACUUUGAGGUUUUCAUCCACAAAGUCGAUGGUCUGUCAGAUGAUCACAAGAUAGAAACACAAAGAGACAUUCACCAGAGAGCUAAUGAUGACUUGGCAGAUGCCAGUUUGGAGAAAGUUCAUCUAAGCUUCUAUCUGACCAGUAUUUAUGACCACUCCAUAUUCGAGGCCUUCAGUAAAGUCGUCCAGAAGCUCAUUCCUCAACUGCCAACUUUGGAGAACCUUUUAAACAUAUUUAUAUCUCAUUCUGGGAUUGAGAAAGCCUUCCUGUUUGAUGUUGUUAGUAAGAUUUACAUCGCCACAGACAGCUCUCCUGUGGACAUGCAGUCCUAUGAACUGUGCUGUGAUAUGAUAGAUGUUGUCAUUGAUGUUUCCUGCAUUUAUGGACUAAUGGAGGAUGGCAGCGGUUGUGCCUAUGACAAAGAGUCUUUGGCUAUCAUCAAACUCAACAACACUACAGUGCUGUAUUUGAAAGAAGUCACAAAGUUCCUCGCUCUCGUCUGCAUUCUCAGAGAAGAAAGCUUUGAGAGAAAAGGGUUGAUAGAGUACAAUUUUCAUUGUUUCCGCAAAGCCAUCCAUGAAGUGUUCGAAGUGGGAACCUCAACACAAUUUUCCGUCCAGAGGGGAGCAGGCUCGUCCAGCAACAGCCUGACCGGUCGUAAAUACGCCACACUGAACGGAAGUACUGUUUGAAGUGUGACGUCGCCAUGGUUGACUUUGAUUCUUUGGUCAAGUGCAAUGAGGAUACAAGAUGAGGAGACAUAAUAUCAAAACGUGGCUUCCUCCUGAUGUUGCCACACUUUGAAUGAAUGUGAAUCACUUUGAGAAGCUGAGAUUCAGCUGAAUGAACUGAACUGAUCUCAUCUGACUGAGCCACGGUUUAAAGGAGAUGAAAAGUAAAACUGUUGUAUGUUAAACCUCUGGACAUACUUCAUUUACAAAGAUUCCCAGUUUUAUUUUAAAGAUGAGAAAAAGUAUGUCUUUUACAAGGAGUUACAAGUGUUACAGGUGAUGUAUGCCAAAAAAAUACUGCACUCAUAUUCCUUCUUUCUGCACACUUAUCAGUAUGAGAAUGUGUCAAAACUCUAGUCAGCUGUGUUUACGUACUUGGCCAGUUAUUUCUUUAUGUAUUAUCCAGUAUAAGAACACUUGUAAAAGAUACAUGUGGUACAGUUUAUAAGUACUCUCCGUCAAAAUAAUCAGUGUAAAUGCUUCAUUGACUUAUUCAGAGGCUGGACUCUAAGCACAUUUCCUUGAGGUACACAUCCUUCGAAAGUAUAAACUUCUUUCAUGUUACGGCUCACUUUAUCUUGAAAUAUUGAGUGCUUUAAGUGGUUUUAAUCUCCAGAAUGAAAAAAUAAUCCUGCCAAGAACAGUGCUUCUUCAGCUGUGCUCAGUGUGUUUUUUCUUAAUAAUGACUCAUGUAACCAGCAACCAGUGCUCUGCUCAGGAUCUCCGCAAACCACAACUGUGCCAGUUACACCAUUAGGGCCUUGGCUGAUGAACGGACGGCGACAGCAUGUUGGUCUUAACGGAGUACAAUGAAUGAUGAUGCCUUUCGUUGGGUCAACACGCCCCACCUGCUGACAGCUUUUUCUUUUUUUUUUUUUCUUUCCAUAGCUUGAUGAACAUUUUGGCCAAAUGUAAUAUGCUAAAGUCAUGUCUGUUGCAGUUGUUUGGGUUUUUAGUGCAAAAUGAGUGGACCUGAAUAAUAUAUCACUGGCCAUUGCAAAAUAUUUUUAUUACACACAAGUCCUUAAUAAAACAUAUUUAUCAUA